GUCUCCCAUCCCAUUCAUACCACCACGGCACCACCUUCAUACCAUCUACUCUCCCUCUCUCUUUCUGGACUUUCUCUCUCCAAGCCAGAGUAGGAUGCCACAGGUAGAUCUAGAAACCCUAGUUUCAGUCUGCGGCGGCGGUGGUUGUGACCGGAAGAUCGCUUGUGAAACACUAGCAGAUGGCGAUGUUGCACCAGAAGGAACAGAUCUCCCAGAAGUUGCUCCUGAUUUCCCGCCAGAAUCUUUCUGUAUUUCCAAAGACGCUGAACUCGAUUGGUUCGAUCGGAACGCGUUCUACGAGCGAAAAGAAUCCACCAAAGGAAACUCCACUUCCACUAACUUGAAUCCCAAUCACAAUUCCCAUUCGAAUUCUUCUUCUCAGCGAUUUUCUUUGAAUUUGAAGUCUAAGGCUUCGAUCAUUGGGUUGCCGAAGCCACAGAAACCUUGCUAUACUGAUGCGAAGAUCCGGCGGAACUGUCGAGCGUCAAAUACGCGACUGUUCCUGAAACGGACCGAGCCUACAGGGAAAUCUGCGGUUCCGAUGGCGGAACCGUCGUCGCCGAAGGUUUCUUGUAUGGGAAGAGUGAGAUCGAAGAAGGACCGAAGCCGUCGAUUAAGAAACCGACAACGGUCAAUGAAAUCGCCGGCGGAGAUGGCGACGGCGGCAGCGGAAGCAAAGAUGAUAAGAUCAAAAUCCGGAAAACAUAAAAAAGGUGGAUUCUGGAAGAACCUUAAGUCGAUAUUCCGGACCGGUGGCCGAGCAAAGCCAAUCAAGGGAGUUCCGGAGCCGCCAAAACAGUCAUCUCCAAGAAACAGCUUCACAGCCAGAGCACGGGAGAUGCACACAAGCGAACCGGAGUCGGAGCCUCCCACUCUGGGAGGGGUGCAGCGAUUCGCAUCCGGUAGGAGAUCCGAUUCGUGGAUAGGCGAUAUGGAAGUAGACGUGGCAAAAUCAGAGUCGUUGGAUCGGGAUUUCAUAUGGAGACGACGUGCGAUGGCCCCACCAAAGGAAGUUGAUUGCGGUCGUGAUUGGCAGCAUGCGGGACCCGCCUCAGCUUAAAUGGUUGUUGGGCUGACGCCUCACCCCCACCUUUUUAAGGUAGAAAGUAAAAAAACUAGAGUUUUCGGCGUAUUGGAUUUUGGAUUUUAUUUUUCCUCCGCUCAUUUGAUAUAAAUGUUGAAAUGAUAUGAUUUUUGUAAAUAUAUAAGGAAUGGUUUUGGAGUGAGCACCUGUAAAUUUGCCUCUAAUUUUAAUAAAAGCAAUUCGUGGAAGCCCACUGUUUCGGUGAA